AUGCAGGACCCAGUGGCUGAGAUACAGAGAGAGGCUCUACCCUGGAGGGGGAACAGGACAGUGGGGGCUCUGGGAGGUACAUCAGGCCCUUCUCUCUCCAGGACUCCUCCCUGCUCAUCCCCCGUCGAAGGUCUGUAUGCUCCAGACAGCUACAGAUCCCUGGAGUCCCCCUGUCCCGCAGGACCAGCCCAGCCCCAGCCGCAACCCCCCAGCUCAGCCCCUCCUCAGCCCCAGAGACAUCCAGAGAAAGGUUACCUGGAGGGGAGAAGGCCUCACACAAGGAUGAGGCAGCAUGCUUCAGGAGCACCCCAGAGGAUAGGCUGGGCACUGUAAGCUGGGCAGCUGGUGGAAACAAGCUCUGGAGACCCGGAGGUCAUCCAGUGGCCUACUGCCUGCCAUAGAGCAGGUAUAAACCAUCUCAAAAGGUAGUGUGUUUGUUUUUUACUGUAUGUUUAUAUGCAAAUCAAUAAUUUUGUGUGCUUCAUAGUUCAGACUCCACAUGUGCACUAUUUUAUCUUAGUUUAUCUUAUGAUGAUAUUAUAAUGGAUCAAAACUUUUUUAUUUAACCUUUAUUUAACUAGGCAAGUCAGUGAAGAACAAAUUCUUAUUUACAAUGACGGCCUACACCGGCCAAAUCCAGACGAUGCUGGGCCAAUUGUGCGCUGCCCUAUAGGACUCCCAAUCACGGCCGGUUGUGAUACAGACUGGAAUCGAACCAGGGGGUCUGUAGUGACGCCUCAAGCACUGAGAUGCAGUGCCUUAGACCGCUGCGCCACUCGGGAGCCCGUAAGUAUAUCUUGGGAACCCACAAGUAUAUCUUACAUUUAGAAAACCCAUUUAGUGUCACAGCUACCAAAGGUCAAAUAAUUAAUAGUUCGUAAUUUUGCACAGAUUUGCCGAUAUAAAAAUGCUAAUUAUUUAUUGAUAUAAAUACAGAUGGUGUGUGUUUGUGUAUGAGUUUAUAUUGAAGAAUAAAUGACUCUAGUAACCUCUUCCUUUGUCAUUGUGACGGGGAACAUUAAGAGAGUUGCCCUUUAGAACAUUAGAUUGAUGGAGCAUUAGAAACAGCAGCAGCAGCAGCCCAGGAAGGAAACUUGUGUUGUUUGUCACAUCUGGCUGGAGACUGUACAGUGAGUGCCUCUCUUCAGAGUAAAUGUGUGUGUGUGUACGUGCAUGGGUGUGUGUGUGUGUGCGCGUGAGUGCAUGCAAUGCGUGCUUGUGUGUGUGUGUGUGGCCAUUGCUGGCCUGUUGCUGUCACUCAGUGGGGAGUCUGUGCCCGGAGUGGGACUCAAGUGCAUGUACUGGGGGGCAGGGGGUGAUGAAGGAUGAAGUGCAGAGAGGAGGUGGUGUACUGUAAUGUCAGACCAGGACUCUCAACCUUGUCACAGUUACUCAUCCAUGACCCCCACCCCUUGCUCUCCCUGGUAGGGAUCUGCCACUGGUGAUACCCAGAGCAGAUGGAGCUCUGCUGGGCCUUGCUGAUCACCGCUGGGCUGGGACAGUGAAGGCUGCUGAGGGGAGGACGGCUCAUAAUAAUGGCCGGAACGGCGCAAAUGGAAUGGCAUCAACACAUAGAAACCAUGUGUUUGAUGUAUUUGAUACCAUUCCACCAAUUCCGCUCCAGCCAUUACCCAUUAAGGUGCUACCAACCUCCUGUGGCCUGGGGGAACCACGGCCCCACACACCACACUGAUGCCCUGCCUCAUCACUGGGACCAGGGCUUAAGAGACUAACACACAGCAGGGGCCAAAUGUGGCAUUUAAUUAAAGCUCAGUUUGUUUCAGAAAAGAGGUGGCCCUGAUAUCUGUUCUAGGUCCAUUUUCUUACCUCUUGUGUCUCAGGAAAUGACUUUUAUUCAUCCACAGAAAAGAGGGGCUCUCUCGUUCCUGGGCGACCCUACUCCAACAGUCUGGUCAGCUUCCAGGAGUCUCCAACCAAGCAGAGAGGAGACAAGCGGGAGGUCAAAUAG